CUCGAUCAACUCCAUUUAGCCUCCAAUGCCUUGACCUUAUCCCCUCGACCAUUGUUGCGCUAUGUCAAAGCCAUAUCUCUGUUGCUCCCCUUUGCGCUCGCUCCGCCCACCGCUCCCUCAUCCUCACAGCCCACUCGCAACCACGCACUCCCCAUGGACUCUUUUGAAAACAUCUACUUCUGCUCUAUCCCCACGACGUCGACCGACCUCAGCGACUGCAAUCCUGACUCGCCUCGCACGGACCAACCCUCACCCAUCGACAGCGAGCAGCUGGGUGCAGGUACUGCAAGCGUCUUUUGUGUCAUCGCUUAACUCCUCGUUAUCCUACGAACGUAGUGAUCUGUACUGCCAACGCCAUCGGCGGUCACCGCUCUACCUGGUCACUUUGAUAGUGACUAGGCUGUUUUUUGUAUAUCUCGUGUAUUCGAUCUUUCUUCUCGAUGUAUCCGUGUACUGUCGCAUACCCCAUAAUUCGAUUUCUCUGCUCAUUAUUCCCGGUGAUGGCGUGUACUCAAUCCCGAAUCUCCUGGUCGCAUUCGGCGCGUGUCCUCGUCAAUCAAUAACUUGA